AUGGACUUUAUCUCGUACGUCGCACAGCAUCCAGAAUCCAGCCCCCGCCCGUCCGAUACCCCCGAGAAGGAAGCAAGUCGUGAGUCCAAUCGACGGAACGUUGUGCAUUGUCUGGACACGCGGCUUCGGCGACUCGUGGGGUCCAUUCUGCAUGAAGAAACAGCGCAGGCGAAAGCAGUUCGGGCGAAGGAGUUGAAUGCCGCCAAGGACUUCAUUCUGGACCGGUGCAGGACCGAAACAAAGCACGGCCAGACGGAAGACGUCGCCGCAACGGUCGACGACUUUGCGAUGGCGUUUCUGCAUCUUGUGGACAUCUGA